AUGUCGAGCAGGAGCAACACCAGCUCCGACAGCGCGGGAAGUGCCGACCCAGUGCUCGCGCCUGCGCCAAGCAUGCCUUUCGUCUUUGAGAUCAUCGGCUACGACGACUUCUGGGCCAACAUUGCCGGCUCUGGUAGUGCACUUCCAAGUGCCGACGUGCAGCUAGCCCCUGACGGGAGCUUGCAAAGGAAUGAGGCCUCGUCGGGCAGCAGCACCAGUAACACGACAGCAUCUGAACCUGGCUGCGGCGUUGCUACUCCGCAAGCACAAGGACUUGCUAGCGCACCUACUGGUGGUGCUCAGGUGGCCCUCGGCUCCGCUGGCAAGAGCAAGAAAGGCGCCAAGAAGGUGAAGAGAACGCCGGCCGUGACGGCCAAAAAGGCCAACGCUGUGUUGGAGUGGACCGACUCCAUGUCGGACGGAGAGGCAUGCAGUGACGGUGAGGUAGAACAGCAAGCAGCUGGAAAGGGUAAAAGACGAAAGACCAUGGCGGACAGCUUUGAAAUCGGCAUGCAGUCCAUCGCAGACGUGAGGCGAGGCCGAUGA